AUGGUAACUACAGAACCCAGUGUAACUACAGAACCCAAGCUAACUACAGAACUCAGUGUAACUACCGAACCAAGAACAACUACAGAAUCAAUGCCAGAUGGCACCUAUGUGGCGAAUGCUGCAACAGAUGCCUACGAGUCUUACAAUAUUCAAUAUGCAUUUGUAGAAUCCAACGUUACCGACUUCACAAUUGAUUCAAAUACGGGAAUAGUUACAACAGCAAAACCGCUCGACAGAGAAGACAGAUCUUCAUAUCGAUACUCAAUUAUGGUCUAUGUUGAAGAUGGAUCUAUAUGUCUCGUGGAUCCGAUUGUAGCGGAGCUUAAGGUCACGAUCCUCGACGAGAAUGACAACUCUCCAUAUUUUUUAAGUGAUUAUUAUGAAGGUCAAGUGCAUGAAAUCAACCAGUUUGAUGAGACUCCUCAGGGAAAUGAAGAAGUCGAACUGACUCCUUCAAUAAUGUCAACAGACUGGGACUAUGGAUUCAAUGCUUCAACAAUAUAUACACUCGCUGGUGAUGGUCAUGAACAGUUUAAAAUAGAUGAAAAAACAGGUGUCAUCACAACGACAGAUGAUGAAUCGAUUUUAGACUUGGAUCGUGAAGAACGAGAUCGUUAUGAUUUGGAAGUGAUAGUGUUUGAUCGAGAUGGUGUAGAUGAUCUGAGUCUUAACACUAGUGUCCCAUUAACUAUUGUAUUACGUGACGUGAAUGACAACUAUCCACAGUUUACAAAGGAUGAGUAUAAUUACACAAUCUGGGAAAACUCGCCCACUGGAUACGAGAUUGACGUUAUUAAUGCCACGGAUGAAGAUAUUGGAAACAAUGCCACGAUUAGUUUUGUGAUUCAUACGGGCGCUGAUGGUCAUUUUGAAAUCAACAGAAACACUGGCGUUUUGAGCGUAGCAAACACUCUUGACCGUGAAACCAAAGCAAGAUAUACAUUUAACAUUUCGGCUAGUGACCAUGGCGUACCUAUUCUAACUAACUACACUGAAGUCAUUAUUGACUUACUCGAUAUCAAUGACAACCAACCAACAUUUACGCAAAGUGCGUAUAGAUCCCAGCAAGAAGAAAGUGUCCCUAUUGGAACAAGCGUGUUACAAGUAACAGCUGUGGAUUCAGAUGCAGGUUUGAAUGGCCAAGUGAUAUAUUCGUCAAACACAACCGAUUUUACAGUUGAUAAUAUUACAGGUGAAGUAAUGACACUUGUGGCGCUUGAUUACGAAGAUACAGAUGGCAGAGAAUACAUAUUUGACGUAUUUGCGGAAGAUUGCGGCGAACCGUCCCAUACAGGUUCCAGUCAGGUUACAAUCACCGUCACUGACAUCAAUGACAAUGCACCACAGUUUGCAAGCACGUAUGAAUGCACUAUUGACGAAACCAUGAUUGUAGGUGACAUAGUUGUGAUAGUAGAGGCUACAGAUGCUGACAGUGAUACCAAUGGAGAAGUGACAUAUUUUAUUGACAACAAUGACUUCUCAAUUGAUGACAGCGGUGUGAUUACUCUUGCUAAAGACGCCAUGUUUAUUAUCUGUGAAAAUGGAGACUACUGUGCUGAGAUAAAUGUUACUGCACGGGAUGGCGGUGAACCUUCUCUCUACUCAAGUACUGACGUGUUUGUGUCAAUGACUGAGGGAGGUCGUGGAUUGGAAUUCAAUCAAAAAGAAUAUCGUGGUAAUGUUUCCGAAGAACAAGAACCACCCAUAUAUGUGCUAACAGUGUCAGUUAGUAACGACGAUACCGUGGAUUACCGCAUUACUAGUCAUGUGAACGAGUUUGUGAUCAACCCAACAACGGGUGAGAUAUUCACUGCUAUGAAGUUGGACAGGGAGGAAGAAGCAAGGUAUUCAUUCUCUGUUGCAGCUACUGAUCCUGAUGGAGAUUAUUAUGAAGGCUAUACGUUGGUAAACAUUUUGGUUGAUAAUAUCAACGACAACAGUCCAAUAUUUGACAGACCGUAUUACAGCGGUGAAGUGGAUGAGGGAAAUUAUACUACAUGUCAUGUUGCAAUAGUGACUGUGAUAGCAUUUGAUGCAGAUACGGGUCACAAUACUGAAAUAACGUACAGCAUAACAGAUGGACAUAAUGCGCAAGAUGGUGGAAGUCCUUCUUUAAGGAAUGAUACUAGAGUUUACAUACAGGUGAUCGAUGUCAAUGAUAAUGAACCUACUUUCAUUGGUGAACCAUACGAUGCCGAGAUACCUGGUGAUGAAGAUGUUAAUACCACAGUGAUUACUGUUGUUGCCACGGAUGAUGAUUCCGGAGAGAAUGGCAGAAUCACAUAUACUAUGAAAGGCUUCUUUGAGAUAGAUGAAAUCACUGGAGAAAUACAAACUAAUGGUACGAUUGACAGGGAAGUGGAAGCAAUUGUGUAUCUGGUAGUCUUGGCAAAUGACUGUGGAGUGCCGUCAAAACAAGACAAUGCUACUGUUGAUAUUACUUUAUUAGAUGUCAACGAUAACCCACCUACUAUUGAUCCAGACGAAAUGUUUUCGUUUGUUUACCAUGAUUCUCCGAUAGGAACAUUUGUUGUGGAUGUCAAUGCCACGGAUCCAGACGUUAUUGGAAUGAUUACAUAUUCGCUGUCACCUACAAAAGAGUCUGUCCGAGUCCUGUUCGAAAUCGAUGAGCAGUCUGGCGUUAUUACAACGAGCGCAACAUUUACUAUUGAUGUAGCAGAUACGGAGUAUGAGAUUAAAUCGAACUACACAUUGAGGGUUUCAGCGCAAGAUGGUGGAACUCCUUCUUUAAGGAAUGAUACUAGAGUUUACAUACAGGUUAUCUAUGUCAAUGAUAAUGAACCUACUUUCAUUGGUGAACCAUACGAUGCCGAGGUACCUGGUGAUGAAGAUGUUAAUACCACAGUGAUUACUGUUGUUGCCACGGAUGAUGAUUCCGGAGAGAAUGGCAGAAUCACAUAUACUAUGAAAGGCUUCUUUGAAAUAAAUAACAUCACUGGAGUAAUACAAACUAAUGGUACGAUUGACAGGGAAGUGGAAGCGAUUGUGUAUCUGGUAGUCUCGGCAAAUGACUGUGGAGUGCCGUCAAAACACGACAAUGCUACUGUUGAUAUCACUUUGUUAGAUGUCAACGAUAAUCCACCUACUAUUGAUCCAGAUGACAUGUUUACGUUUGUUUACCAUGAUUCUCCGAUAGGAACAUUUGUUGUGGAUGUCAAUGCCACAGAUCCAGACGUGAUUGGAAACAUAACAUAUUCGCUGUCACUUACAAAAGAAUCUGUCAGAGUCCUGUUCGAAAUUGAUGAACAGUCUGGAAACCCCUUUUAUGAUUUUGCGGUGCAAGUAGGUAAAGACAUCGAGAAAGAUGAAUUGGAAAACAUGAAGGUGUUAAGUCGAACAUAUGUGGAGAAAGGGCCUAUCGAAAAAUUGUCUGCAACAAAAUUAAUAGUAUACUUGAUGGAAUGUGGUUUAAUUAAACCAGAAUCGAAUGAUUUUCAUAAAUUGCAAGACAUCUUACGUAAAGCAGAUAGAACUGAUCUUGCAGAUAAGUUGCCAUCUAUUUGGAAUUCUUUAAUGGAGCGUAUUUCCACUGUCCCUGCGGAUACAAAGGUCAAUCAAUCAUUGGAGGUGAACGGAUGUGACACAGUAUCAGAGGUCACAGGCAAAAUAACUGGUAACAAGGAAAACAACACGAACACAGGUCAAGACGAAGAUAAUACAGUGUGA